AUGGACGCAAGUGUCGCACAGCUAAUUUUGAAUGCAAGGUACAACUCAUAUGGAAAGAUUUCGUGCAUUGUUUGUGGCAUUCCGAUCAAGUCAGAAAUAACUUGGAAGGCUCAUAUUUUAAGCAAAACUCACAAAGAUAACGCCAUUCGCGGUACAGAUUCUCUUAGGCGUAUUCAAUCUCAAGUGAGGGACUGCGCACCACCUGCAAAACAACUUAAGUUAGAGGUGGCGGAGUCGCAAGUUGAAGACUCGAAGUUUAAGAAGGAAGAAGAGGUCACACCUGAGCUCCCAAGUUCUUCUCAGUCUAAACCCAAGGAAGAAGUAGCAGCCCAGAAUUGUGUAUUGCCAGAAGGAUUUUUUGAUGAUGCACGCAGGGAUGCUGAAGUUAGGAACGUGCCUUUCAAAGAUAAAAUGGAUGCUGAAAUGGAGAUCUUUCGGAAAGAAUUGGGAACUUUGGAUCAGGAAUCGGAACAAAUUCUUGAAAAGGAUAACGAAGAGAUGGUUGUUGCUAGGAAUUUAGCAGAAGUCGAUAAGCAAAUUUCAAUGUGGGAAAAGUUUCGUGAAUUAGAGAUGCAAAUUGAAGCUGGUUUAUCAAAGAAGAAAAUCGUGAAACCCGAAGGUGAUUCUAUCAACUCCGUAAACGAAGAUGACGGUAGUGACAGUGGGGACACCGAUGAGGAUGAAUUAAACGAUUUUCGCUUUAAAGCUGGGAUCAGGUAG